AUGAGGAAUAUUAACAUCAACACCGCCUGGUACAGCACGGGGCGUGGAUCGGGUCAGGCUCUGGUGCUGACGUCACGCUGCUGUCACGGGACGGGCAUGAUCUGCAGCUUCCGGGGCUCAGUGACUCAGGGUUUGGCUCUGGAGGUGGGAGAGACGGUUCAGAUUCUGGAGAAAUGUGAAGGAUGGUACAGAGGGUUUUCGACGAGGAAGCCGAAUGUCAAGGGAGUUUUUCCAGCCAACUACAUACACUUGAAGAAAGCCAUCGUCACCAACCGAGGGCCGCAUGAGACUGUGGUGCCUCUCGAGGACCCCAUCGUCACCGAGGUGACAUCGACGCUGCAGGAAUGGGCCUUACUGUGGAAGCAGCUCUACGUGAAACACAAGGUGGAUCUGUUCUACAAGGUUCGCCACGUGAUGAUGGAGCUGAUCGACCUGAGGCGGCAGCUCCUGUCCGGUCACCUGACGCAGGACCAGAGCCGAGACGUCAAGAGACACAUCACCGUCAGACUGGACUGGGGCAAUGAACACCUGGGUCUGGACUUGGUGCCGAGAAAAGAGUUUGAGAUGGUGGAUGAAGAGCAGAUAAGCGUCUCAGAUCUUUACAAAAUGCACCUGUCCAGCAGACACAGCGUUCAGCAGAGCACCACACAGGGCGACAGUACGCGGCAGCGACACGGGGAGCCAUGUCGAGUUCCGGUGCCGCACCACCUGCUGGUCAACCUGAAGAGCUUCACCUACAACAGCAUCGGAGAGGACACGGACAUUUUCUUCUCUCUGUACGACCUGAGAGAGGGGAAGACCAUCAGUGAGAAGUUCAUGGUGAGGCUGAACAAGAACGGAGGACCCAAGAAUCCAGAGAAGGUGGACAGGCUGUGCGCACUCUUCACGGACCUGAGCAACAAAGACAUGAAGAGAGAUCUCUACAUCGUUUCACAAGUGAUCAGAACAGGUCGUAUGCUGCUGAACGACAGUAAGAAAGGACCUCCCCACGUUCAGUACCGCCGACCGUACGGCUGCGCCGUCCUGGCCAUGAGCGACGUGCUGCAGACCAUCUCCGAACUCAAAGAGGAGAAAGACUUUGUGCUUAAAGUCUACACGUGCAACAAUGAGAACGAGUGGUACCAGAUCCACGAGAACAUCAUCCGCAAGUCCAGCACCAAAUACACUGCGCCCAGCACCAACUAUGGUCUGAUCAUCUCCCUGCAGCUGCUGAGAGGCGACAUGGAUCAGGUCCGCAGGGAGAACCCUCUCAUUUUCAGCAGGGGGGUGGCCAUCACACGCAAACUGGGGUUUCCAGACGUCAUCAUGCCAGGUGAUAUCCGUAAUGACCUGUACCUGACCCUGGAGCGAGGGGAUUUUGAGAGAGGAGGGAAGAGCGUCCAGAAGAACAUUGAAGUCACCAUCUAUGUGCUUUAUGCUGAUGGAGAGAUCCUCAAGGACUGCAUCUGUCUGGGUUCAGGGGAGCCCAACAUGCCAGAGCACCGCUCCUUCGUCCUCUACCAUAACAACAGCCCUCGAUGGAGCGAAGUGAUUAAACUGCCGAUUCCCAUCGACCGUUUCAGAGGGUCCCACCUACGCUUCGAGUUCAGACACUGCUCCACAAAGGACAAAGGAGAGAAGAAGCUGUUUGGUUUUGCCUUCACUCCCCUGAUGAGGGAGGAUGGAACCACUCUUUCAGACGAGAGCCAUGAACUCUACGUUUACAAGUGUGACGAGAACACGACCUUCAGUAACCACGCCCUCUACCUGGGCCUGCCCUGCUGUAAAGAAGACUUCAACAGCUGCCCCAGCAUCCCCUCCAGCCUCAUCUUCCAGCGCAGCACCAAGGAGACCUUCUGGAUCUCCACACAGCUCUCCUCCACCAAGCUCACUCAGAACGUCGACCUCCUGGCCCUGCUCAAGUGGAAGGCCCAUCCGGACCGGGUCAUGGACAUUCUCGGCCGGCUACGACACGUCAGUGGAGAGGAGAUAGUGAAGUUUCUCCAAGACAUUCUGGACACCUUAUUCUCCAUCUUGGACGACAACACGGACAAAUAUGGACCACUGGUGUUCCAGUCAUUGGUAUUCAUCAUAAACCUGCUCAGGGACAGUAAAUACUACCACUUCAGGCCGGUGAUGGACACGUACAUCCAGAAACACUUUGCCGGUGCACUGGCCUACAAAGAGCUGAUCCGCUGCCUGAAGUGGUACAUGGACCGCUCUGCAGAGGUGGUCAGGCAGGAUCACAUACAGGAAGCCAUGAGGGCCCUGGAGUACCUGUUUAAGUUUAUUGUCCAGUCUCGGAUCCUUUACUCUCGGGCCACGUGUGGGAUGGAGGAGGAGCAGUUUCGCACCAGCAUCCAGGAACUCUUUCAGUCGAUCCGCUUCGUCCUCAGCCUGGACAGCCGCAACUCAGAGACCCUCAUCUUCACACAGCCCCCUGCCCCAGGACAGGCUCCUGGCAGCGGGCAAGCCAACUGCACUCAGGCCUGGAGCUCCAACGCUCUGCGGCCGUCUCCACUGUCAGCCGCUCUGCUGAACUCGUUCCCUGCGAUCUUCGAUGAGCUGCUGCAGAUGUUCACGGUGCAAGAAGUGGCAGAGUUUGUGCGCGGCACUCUGGGCAGCAUGCCGUCCACGGUGCACAUAGGACAGUCCAUGGAUGUGGUCAAACUGCAGUCCAUAGCCCGGACUGUGGACAGCAGGCUCUUCUCUUUCCCAGAGUCUCGAAGGAUCCUGCUUCCUGUGGUCCUGCAUCACAUCCAUCUCCAUCUGAGGCAGCAGAAAGAGCUGCUCAUCUGCUCUGGAAUACUCAGCUCGAUAUUCUCUAUUAUCAAGACCAGCUCACUGGACACGUCAGUGCAGGAGGAGGUGGAGAUGAUGGUGGAGUCUCUGUUGGACGUCCUCCUGCAGACCCUGCUGUCCAUCAUGAGCAAGAGCCAAUCGCAGGAGGCGGUAAGGGGUCAACGCUGUCCGCAGUGCACCGCGGAGAUCACUGGAGAGUACGUGUCCUGCCUCCUGUCCCUCCUCCGCCAGAUGACAGACAUCCACUUCCAACACCUGAUGGAAAACUUUCAGAGCAAGGAGGAGCUCAAGGAGUUCUUGUUGAAGAUCCUGUGUGUGUUUAGAAAUCUGAUGAAGCUCAGCAUUUUCCCCCGCGACUGGAACGUCAUGAGACUCCUCACCAGCAACAUCAUCCUGACCACAGCUCAGUAUCUGUCUCCUGCUCUGCACAAGAACUUCACAGAAGCAGAAUUUGAUUUUAAGGUGUGGAACUCCUACUUCAGUUUGGCGGUACUGUAUAUCAACCAGCCCAGUUUACAGCUGGAAAGCCUGAGCCCUGCGAAGAGGAAGAAGGUUUUAGACAAGUACGGUGACAUGAGAGUGAUGAUGACCUAUGAACUGUUCAGCAUGUGGCAGAACCUGGGUGAGAAUAAGAUCCACUUCAUCCCCGGUAUGAUCGGUCCGUUCCUGGGAGUGACGCUGGUCCCUCAGGUGGAGGUACGAAACAUCAUGAUCCCCAUCUUCCAUGACAUGAUGGACUGGGAGCAACGUAAGAACGGGAACUUCAAACAGGUGGAGGCUGAGCUGAUCGACAAGCUGGACAGUUUGGUGUCCGAGGGGAAAGGUGACGAGAACUACAGGGAGCUCUUCGGUUUGCUAACCCAGCUGUUUGGGCCGUACCCCAGUCUGUUGGAGAAGAUUGAGCAGGAGACGUGGAGGGAGACGGGGAUUUCCUUUGUUACCUCAGUCACACGGCUGAUGGAGCGACUGCUGGACUACCGAGACUGUAUGAAGGGAGAUGAGACUGAGAACAAGAAGAUUGGCUGCACUGUGAACCUCCUGAACUUCUACAAGUCAGAGAUCAACAAGGAGGAGAUGUACAUCCGCUACAUCCACAAACUGUGUGAUAUGCAUCUACAGGCGGAGAACUACACCGAGGCUGCGUUCACUCUGCUGUUGUACUGGGAGCUGCUGCACUGGGACGAGCGGCCUCUCAAAGAGUUCCUGCACUAUCCUGCUCAGACAGAGUGGCAUCGCAAGGAGGGGCUGUGCCGCAAGGUCAUCCACUACUUCAACAAGGGAAAGUGUUGGGAAUAUGGAAUACCCCUUUGCAGAGAGCUGGCCUUCCAGUAUGAAUCUCUGUACGACUACCAGAGUCUGAGCUGGAUACGGAAAAUGGAGGCGGCAUAUUAUGACAACAUCAUGGAGCAGCAGCGUCUGGAGCCAGAGUUCUUCAGGGUCGGGUUCUACGGCCGGAAGUUCCCUUUCUUCCUCAGAAACAAAGAGUUUGUCUGUCGUGGCCAUGACUACGAAAGGUUAGAGGCCUUCCAGCAAAGGAUGCUGGGAGAAUUCCCACAAGCCAUUGCGAUGCAGCACCCCAAUCAGCCAGAUGAGGCUAUUCUGCAGUGUGAUGCACAGUACCUCCAGAUCUACGCCGUGACACCGGUACCAGACAGCGUCAGCGUGCUGCAGAUGGACAGAGUGCCGGACCGCAUCAAGAGCUUCUACCGGGUCAACAACGUUCGCCGUUUCCGUUACGACCGGCCCUUCCACAAAGGACCCAAAGACCGAGACAAUGAGUUCAAGAGUCUGUGGAUUGAGAGGACCACCCUGAUCCUCACUCACCCUUUGCCUGGGAUUUCACGCUGGUUCGAGGUGGAGAAGAGAGAGCUGGUGGAGGUGAGUCCGUUAGAAAACGCCGUCUCCGUGGUGGAGAAUAAGAACCAGGAGCUGCGGACUCUGAUCAGCCAGUACCAACACAAGCAGCUGCACGGCAACAUCAACCUGCUCAGCAUGACCCUGAACGGAGUCAUCGACGCCGCCGUCAACGGAGGCAUCGCCAGAUACCAAGAGGCUUUCUUUGAUAAGGAGUAUAUCACCAGCCACCCUGAGGACACGGAGAAGAUCACACAGCUCAAAGACCUGAUGCAGGAGCAGGUUCACAUCCUGGGAGUCGGCCUGGCGGUGCACGAGAAGCUGGUGCACCCUGAAAUGCGCCCCCUGCACAAGAAGCUGAUCGAUCAGUUCCAGAUGAUGAGGAGCAGCCUCUGCCACUGUUUCUAUGUGGCCUUGCAGGGUCUGCCUGGUUUAGACAAGACCGGCUCAGGAGCCAACACCCCCAGAGGGAUCCUGGCUUCUCACAGCCCCAUGAGCCCCGAGAGCUUCAAGAUCAUGCACCGGCACAGUCCCAUAGCCGUUUUGACUCCAGUGCGAAACUCCUCCUCCUCUCUCUCCUCUCACAACUCCAGUGAGAUGGGGAACGUUGGCAAUCUGCUGAUCCUGGCUGACGGCAUGGUGGUGGAGCACCCCGAGGACUUCUACCGCAUGCAGGCAAGCCCCUCCUCCUCCAGCCUUAGCUCCACCCACUCUGCGCCCUCUCAGAUGAUAAACUCCACCCCCUCAACCAUCAGAGUCGGCUCUCCUUCUCUACCAGACAAAUACAGACACAACAGAGAGAUGCUGAUGCUGCUGCCGCCGCACAGAGAGCGGCCGAGCAGCGCAAUGUACACCAACAUCACGGAGAACGGACAGCCCGUGAACUUCCAGCGGGCGUUGUUCCACCAGGUGAUCGGUCCAUGUAAACCCUGCAGCGACCCCAACCUGUCUGUAGCUGAGAAAGUCCUCACCACCCCCAGUAGUUGGAGUUUGGACAGUGGUACCAGAGAAGCCCUCCCCUUCCUCUCUGCCCACGUUGGCAGCGUCAUGGCGCCUCCUGUUCCCCCACGCAACCUGCCUCAUGGGCAACACCUGUCGAUGCACUUUGACGCUUUCCACCACCAGGUCAGCGACCUCCCUCCAGCUCUCCCCGCGCGCUCCUUAAGAAAGUCUCCCCUGCACCCUAUACCUGCCUCGCCCACCAGUCCACAGUCCAUCCUGGAUGGCAGUAACUCCACCUUGUCGGGCAGCGCCAGCUCUGGAGUCUCCUCCCUCAGCGAGAGCAACUUCGGCGGCCCCGCCUCCUCCUCCGACCCCCCGGCCAGCCGCACAGACACCCUGGAGUCCGUCCCCAGCAGCCAGGCCUGGACCACCGACCAAGAAGACCUCGACUCGCCUUACCAGCCCGUCAGGUACAGCGUCUCUGAGCCCGAAGUCCUGGACGGAUCCAAGCCCCCACCCUGCCGCAGCCAGUCCGCCCCGGGAGGCGUUCAGGACGGGCUGCCGCACCCACAACACCACUACUAUCACCACCACUUCCACCCACACUACAUCCCCCACCACCCGCCUCUUUACCACCUCCACGAGCCUCCCCCAGCCCUGCCCCCCAAACCCUACCUCAGAGAGGGGUGUAUCCCUGAAGAAGACGCCCUCAACGCCCAGUCUGCACCUCCUCCUGCGCCCCGGCCCAUGCCACGCAAGAUCUCCCAGCCCAUAAUCGCAGCAACCAAGGAUGAGCAAGCUAAGGUGGCGUGGGAGCACGGCAUCAGUGAGGAGUAA